AUGUUCAAACUAUCUCGUAUCCAGCGUCUAAGUGCCGUCAUUUGCAUUUCCUCAUGUUUCUUUGUAGCGGAGAUCUCAGUGGGUUUCUAUACACAUUCCCUCGCAUUGGUGGCUGAUGCGUUUCACUAUCUCAAUGAUCUUGUUGGAUUCAUUAUUGCUCUAGCUGCGGCGAUAGUCGCAGAUAAGAAUACACACCCUAAAGCACUGACGUUCGGCUGGCAACGAGUACAGCUGCUCGGUGCCUUUUUCAAUGGAGCUCUUCUAUUCGGCCUUGGAAUCAGUGUCUUUCUGCAGUCGGUUGAGCGGUUUGUAUCUUUACAACGAGUCGAGCAGCCGAAAUUAGUCCUGGUUAUGGGCUGCGUGGGACUUGGUCUGAACAUACUCAGCGUGAUGUUCUUGCAUGAUCACGAUCAUGGCCAUGAUCAUAACAGCCACGACGGCCACAGUCAUGAGACGACAAACGAGGGCUCUGCCUCUAUCAGUCUAGUCAGCGAGAGACACAUGCACCACAAACACCACACAAAUGCAUCAAACAACACCCGCAGCUCGAACCGAGACCUCGCCAUGAUGGGCGUCCUUAUCCACGUCCUAGGCGACUGCGCCAAUAACAUCGGAGUCAUAAUCGCUGCCGCGGUGAUCUGGUUCGCCCACUAUGAAGGGCGUUACUAUGCCGACCCAGCCGCAAGCAUGGGAAUUGCAAUCAUGAUUUUCCUAUCUUCAAUCCCACUCAUCAAACGAGCGGGCCUAAUCCUCCUCCAAAGCGCGCCCCAAGGCGUCGACCACGACGAUGUGAAAUACGACCUCGAAGAAAUUCCCGGUGUCAGCUCCAUCCACGAGCUUCAUAUCUGGCGCUUGAACCAGACGAAAUCUCUUGCAUCGGCGCACGUGGUGUUGGAUAAUGAUGCGAUGCUUGAUUUUGAUGGUUUGGCAAAGACUAUUCGUGAGUGCUUCCAUGCGUAUGGAAUCCACUCUUUGACUCUUCAGCCGGAGAUUCCGGCGAAGCGAAUAUCCGGUGCGGAUAUACAGGGUGGGGCUAGACGCCGUAAGCGGCAGAGUUCAGAGGAGUGUGAGUUCGUCUGUGGAAGUUUGUGCCAGGGGCUUGCUUGUUGU